CCCUUCGGGGCGGGGCCAGCGGCCCCUAGAUAAUGGCUUUUGUCCCUCGCCUGGGCGACUUCAUUCUCAAAUACUUGGAGAGGAUUCGGCCGCUGCAGGUGCCAGCUGUCCGCCGCCAGGCCACUGCUAUGUAUCCGCCUGACCUGGGCCAGGACCGCUUCUUCGUCUUGGAACUGCCAGACUCUGGUCUGGUUCAUUUCACCCUCUGCGGUGACAGCGGUGACAGCGCAGACAGGCGCGCCUUGGCCCGCAGAGAUCCCCGGCUAGAGACGUUCCUCCUUGCUCCGGGGCGCAGCUACUCCUUGUGCGUGCCCAUAGCCCCAGGUUCUGGCCACAGGGGAAGGAUCCGCGCUGCGCGCCUGUACCACCACCUGCUACAUCAACUUAGCCAGGACCCUUUCCAGAAGUGCCAACUGCGGAGCCUGCUCUCCUACUCCCCUAACAGCCCACCGGGGGGCACGGAGAAGGGCAUCAUCCUGUGGGACCCCUUGGACUGCCUGCAGAUACAGCGUGCCUUGGAGGGUCUGCUGGUUGCCUGUGAGCCUCCACGCCCACAUCUGGGUAUGUUCGAUGCUGACCACAGUGGCUUGCUGUGGCAGAGCCUGUGGGAGUUGCCAGGAGGAAUAGGAACUGAAAGGCAUAAGUUGCGAGUGGUGCCCACUGCAGAGCCCCUGCUACACCCUGUAGUGCCAGACCUGCCUAUCUCUGUGGUGUUUCCCAAUCUGAAAGAAACCCGAAAAGUUUUUGAGGAGUGUACAUCUUUAAUUCCUGAAGCUCAAAAAAUUCUCAGUUUGGUGGAUAAAUGCCAGAAGAAUGUCCAGAAAGGAAAGUUCCCUGUCAUUGUUAUUGAGGGCUUGGAUGCUACUGGCAAAACUACAGUGACCCACGAAGUUGCGAAAGCACUGAAUGCUAUCUUCUUAAAGUCACCUCCACCCUGUGUCAGCCAGUGGAGGAAAAUAUUUGAUAAUGAGCCAACAAUCAUCAGGCGGGCAUAUUAUUCUUUGGGAAACUAUAUCGUUGCAUCUGAAAUAGCUAAAUCAUCUACCCAAGCUCCUGUGAUUAUAGACAGGUACUGGCACAGCACAGCUGCUUAUGCAAUCGCCACUGAGAUAAGUGGCCUUCCCCACUACCUACCUCCAGUUCAUCACCCAGUGUAUCAGUGGCCCAAGGACUUGCUCAAACCUGAUAUUGUACUGCUGCUAACUGUGAAUCCUGAGGCAAGGAUACAGCGGAUUCAGGGCCGUGGGAUGCAUAAAACGAAGGAAGAAACUGAGCUGGAGAUCAACAAGUUGUUUCGUGAAAAGGUGGAAAUAGCCUAUCAGAGGAUGGAGAAUCCUGGAUGUCACAUUGUGGAUGCCAACCCAGACAGGGAAGAAGUCAUCCAGACUGUUUUAGAUGUAAUCAAGAAGAAUUGUACCUCAUUGUAGUCACUCCUGGGAGGUGACAGAUUUUUACCUAAUUAUACAUUAAUAAACCUCAACCCAGAAUGUAUCCCACUAUUUUUCUAGAUCCAUGUUAGAUAUUUGCUGUGAGAGGAAAAGAAGGAACUUAAUAUGCAUUGCACACACAUGGCCAUGAGGCUAGAAGACCUGGGUUCAAAUCCUACCUCUGAUGCUUACUAUCUGUGGGACUCUGGACAAGUCACUUAACCACCUUGGGCCUCAGUUUCUGUAUUUAUAGAAUGAGAGGUUGGAACUCAACCUCAAAAGUCCAUUCAAGCUUUAGACUUGUGAUCCUAUCAUCUGUAUGGCAGGCACAAGGUAAAAUGACAAGAGCUUUGCAUUUGAAGUCUCAGAACCUAGGUAAAGAUUCUGACUCUGCUACCUACUAAUUGAGACCAUAAACAAAUUGUUUUCACCACUCUGUCCUCUAAGUUGCCUUCUAACUCUAUAUCCUGUGAUCCUGUUUUAUGUAAGUGUACACAAAAUAUAUAUGUAUGUGUAUAUGUGUACAUAUACAUGCAUACAUAUAUGCACCUGCACACAUAUAUUCCAAAACAUUCCCUCUCAAUAAUGCUUGCAUUAUAGCCUACCUUUUAUCCAGAUAUUCUCUUCCAUGAUGUCAUGAUGUGAUAUUCUCCAACUGUGAGUCAAUCAAGGAAGUACUUUCCUAUCAUUAUUUAAAAAAAAAAAUUCCUAGAACAAACUAACUUCAAACUCCAAACAAUCCUAGAACUAUUUUCCCACCUUCUUUAUUAAAAACAAAUUCUGGAACAGUAGGUCUGUAUGACCUUGCAUGUCUUCCCAAAUACUUAUUACCUCACUCCUCUAUCACCUUUAGCAUCCCUUUGAAUCUUAUUGCUUUUUCAGGGAGAUAGCAGGCAUGUAGCAGCAGCCCUGUGAGUUUUUUGGUUUCACUGACAGCAUAAUUAUAUUCAGCUUGCCCUCAUGCUUUGGAUAUGCCUAUGAAGAUGACUAUUUCUUCAACUGGAUGCCUCUCCUGUGGGUGGCUCCCUCUAUCUAGUGCCAUCUCCUAUCAAGAGUGACUUCCUUGCCUGGCAGGCUUAGGACUCCUGACUGGGUAAGGCACCAGAUUAUAUAUGGGAGAAAACAGCAAAGGACAUAUUUCUCCUUGUAGCUGAAUUUUGGAACCUCUUGGCUGGCCCUGGACUUGUAUUUUAAAAUUGGCAAGGUAAGAUUGAAAGCAGAAUGCUCUGAGAAGUGAACGUUAGCGUUUUAACAAUUGCACAAAACCCUUCAAUAUCUCCCAGGUGUCUUCAGAACAAAGUACAAGUUCUGAGCCUGGGAUACAUGUCCCUCCUUUUACUCCCAAACAUGAGCAGUCUGCUCUACACUUGCCCAUUACUAUUUGUUGAGCAUUUGUGUCAUCUUCAUUUUUGCCUCUGCCCAUGCCAGGCCCAUUGCCUGAGAUGCCAAUCUCUCCCACCUCCCAAUGCCACAUUCUACCUUUCUAACCCAUCCAUUAUGGCUCAGCUCAAGCACCAUCUCUUCUAGCAAAUCUCCCCUGGAUUCAUCUUUGAACCCAUGGCCGUUAUUGUCCAUGUCUCACUGAUCCUUAAUUGUGUAUUCUGACACUGAAAGUCCCUGGAUCUGAAAUCAGAAGACUUGGACUUAAGUCCCUGCUCUGCAUGUUACUACAUAUAUGACCCUAAGUAAGUCAUUUUAUAUCUAUAGGGCCUCAGCUUGUUUUUGUUUUAUUUUGUUUUUUGUUAAUCUUUAAAUGAGGGGGUUGGACUAGAAAUUGCAGAAGUCUUUUCUUGCACUAAAUCCUGUGAUAAUAUAAGCUAUUUAAAUGUUGUGGCUUUAUAACUUUUUCUAGGUCUUGUGUCUAACUAUUGUAGAUUUUAAUUUCCUUGAUCAGAAGGAUUCUGCAAGUCAUAAAACAAUACUAUGCACAUAACAGAAGCUUAAGAAAUAUUUGAUGAAUCACGAAUAGUUGACUUUUAUAGAUUUCCUUCCAAUCAUGUUAUUGAGUCAUGAUCUCCCCCUACCAAAACAAAACAAAAUGAAACAAAACAAAACAAAACAAAAAAACAACAGUAUGGCACUGAAAACAUAACCUCUUGCACUGAACUUGGAAUAUUAAACUCAAUUGUUUUAGCACUUUGUUUAUGUGGAUGUUCAUAUGUUCCCCCCAUGUAGUGAUUCUGAUAAAUUAAUUAAAAUUCAAGCUUAAUGAAA